GGAUCAAUUUGCGAUUGCAUCUCUAUUUAUUCAUAUGCAGGCAAUGUUUUAUAUUCCACAUUUACGAGUGUAAUGUGUUUGAAUAUGCUGCAAUGUUCAUAAUUCGUGACGUCAUGAAGUUUGUGAAAGGACUGCAUGGCUUCCACCAGCAGGGGGAGCCUUUGAGUGAGGGAAACUCCCCCAAUGAAAACGUUGUUGUUCCUCUGGUACGCUCCGCCCUCUCGCCCUCCCGCCCUCACAAAAGAACACGUGCUUCAUGUGCUCCAUUUUAAUUCAGGAAAGACUGUUAAGAUUCUCUCAACCACAAAGAGAGAGGGAGGCUCCUCUGCUCCAACAGCUUAUUAUUGUUUCUCUCUCGGUGAAUGUACUGAGCAAUCAACAAAUGUCCUCUCCUUAUGUUGAAAGGACCGCCAUGUUUUAGACUUUAUAUUACAACCUUUUCAUUCUCCGAUAACAUUUUGACAUCAGACAACUGGACAAAAGUUUAAGUUGUUUAGCUGGGCUGCACAAAUACACAAGUAUCAUGAUAUUUGCAGGGAAAGAAAUGUUGUUUAUUUUAAACAAUAAUCCUUUCUGUUCGAUGUCAUUUGGUCAUUCAGAGCUCGUUAACCCUGUCUCAUUUGACAUGCAAAAUUUUGGACAUAAAUAUUUCAGUGUUUCCCUGAAUCUCCUUGACUAUACUGUCUCCAUCCGUCUAUCUAUGUGAACUCGGUGUAAAUAUGAAUUCAACGCUGUGUUUGCUGGGUUUCUGCAUGCCGGACCGAUGUGGAGCUCGACGGAGGGUUAGGCCUACUGAUGUGUGGCGGAGCAGCUGAAUGAUUAACCCAGUUAACCCCAGACAAAGAAGCUUGUUUCCAUAGUUACCAGAGUUUGGAAGAACUAUAAGUACCGGAGAAGCCUUCGCAUGAGCAGACAGCACCUUCCCGUGCAGACCCUCAACGUCAGCAACAGGACUUCAGAAUCAUGGUGAGCUUCACAGUUUCUCGCUCUGUCCCAAUGUGUGAAUGUGUAAACUGACCUCAGCUUGUUGUGCUCCUCCAGCGCGAGUGUCUCUCUAUCCAUGUCGGUCAGGCUGGCGUUCAAAUGGGCAACGCCUGCUGGGAGCUGUACUGCCUGGAGCACGGCAUCCAGCCGGACGGCCAGAUGCCCAGCGACAAGACCAUCGGAGGAGGAGACGACUCCUUCAACACCUUCUUCAGUGAAACCGGAGCCGGCAAACACGUCCCCAGAGCCGUGUUCGUGGACCUGGAGCCGACAGUCAUCGAUGAGGUCCGUACAGGAACCUACCGCCAGCUGUUUCACCCCGAGCAGCUGAUCACCGGCAAGGAGGAUGCUGCCAACAACUACGCCCGCGGUCACUACACCAUCGGGAAGGAGAUCAUCGACCUGGUUCUCGAUAGGACACGUAAGCUGGCUGACCAGUGCACGGGGCUCCAAGGGUUCCUCAUCUUCCACGCCUUCGGAGGAGGAACCGGCUCCGGCUUCACCUCCCUCCUGAUGGAGCGUCUCUCCGUCGACUACGGCAAGAAGUCCAAGCUGGAGUUCGCCAUCUACCCGGCGCCGCAGAUCUCCACGGCCGUGGUGGAGCCCUACAACUCCAUCCUGACCACCCACACCACCUUGGAGCACUCCGACUGCGCCUUCAUGGUGGACAACGAGGCCAUCUACGACAUCUGCCGCAGGAACCUGGACAUCGACCGCCCCUCGUACACCAACCUCAACCGGCUGAUCGGCCAGAUCGUGUCCUCCAUCACCGCCUCCCUGCGCUUCGACGGCGCCCUGAACGUGGACCUGACGGAGUUCCAGACCAACCUGGUGCCCUACCCUCGUAUCCACUUCCCUCUGGCCACCUACGCCCCGGUCAUCUCCGCCGAGCGGGCCUACCACGAGCAGAUCACCGUGGCUGAGAUCACCAACGCCUGCUUCGAGCCCGCCAACCAGAUGGUAAAGUGCGACCCCCGCCACGGGAAGUACAUGGCGUGCUGCCUGCUGUACCGCGGAGACGUGGUGCCCAAAGACGUCAACUCGGCCAUCGCCACCAUCAAGACCAAGCGCAGCAUCCAGUUCGUGGACUGGUGCCCCACCGGCUUCAAGGUGGGCAUCAACUACCAGCCCCCCACCGUGGUGCCCGGAGGAGACCUGGCCAAGGUGCAGCGGGCCGUGUGCAUGCUGAGCAACACCACCGCCAUCGCCGAGGCCUGGGCCCGCCUGGACCACAAGUUCGACCUGAUGUACGCCAAGCGGGCCUUCGUCCACUGGUACGUGGGGGAGGGGAUGGAGGAGGGGGAGUUCUCAGAGGCCAGAGAGGACAUGGCCGCCCUGGAGAAGGACUACGAGGAGGUGGGCACCGACAGCGUCGGGGACGAAGGAGAGGAAGGGGAGGAAUACUAAGAGUUUAAAGCAAGGUGUUGCAUAUAUUCACAAAACCAAGCCAGUUGUAUCACAGAUGUAACCAGACAGAAACAAUACUUCAAAGUAAAGAUAUAAAAUAAAGAAAACCUGCAAAGCA